AGAAGCUCCCUCCAAUUGCUUAUGGUGUGUGCAAAUAGAAGCUCCUGGACUCUUCGCCAUUCUCCCAAACACCGCCCUCACGCCCGUCUUCGUCCACCACCGCCAGCCCAUCAGCCACCGUCGUCAACCAGCACCACCAUCGCCGUCCUUCACCACCGUAGCUCUUACUGGUAUCCCCCCCUCUCUCUCUAUAUAUACACCACCGUCACAGCCGUCGUCAUCCACCACCGCGGGCCGAUCCAUCACUGCCGUCAACCAGAACCACCACUUCCGUCCUCUUCCGUCACCUUAGCUCUCACAGGAUUUGGUUUUCUAGUAAUGACCCGGCAUACCUUUGAUUUGGGAGCUUGCUCAUCUGUGAGAUUUUGGUAAAUCAUUGAACCUGGA